AUGAAUGAGCGUCAUUUUGACAAACCAGCAGAAAAUCGACCCAAGUAUCGGGCUGGUCGAAAACUAACAGCAGUCAAGGUAUACACUGUGAACCAAGAAUCUCGCUAUUUAGUGAUAGAGAAUGUGCCUGCGCUUCGUCUCACUGAUAAACUUGUCGAACUAGUCUCAUUAUAUGGAGCGGUAGAAGAAUACCGACAUUUAGAUGACUACCCCAGUGAAGAAUUUACAGAUGUAUAUUGGAUCAAGUUCCGAGAUCUUAAAGAAGCACGCGCGGCUAAGAAACAACUAGACGAUAAAGUAUUCUACCAAUCUCCUCUUCGAGUCCGCUAUGGGCCUGAAUAUGAAAGCAUUGAGGAUACGCGGCAAAAGUUACAAGAUCGACGAAAUACUGUUGCUUUGAAGCUUCGCGGACAGAAUUAUGAAAAUGAGCCACCGAUACCAGGUGUAGGCUACCCAUCAGUAUCGACGCCAGCGCCAACACCGAGACCAACGCUAACAGCGUCAGCCUCAGCAUCGCAGCCUAUAGCAGGUAGCAUCAGCACUGCGUAUAAAGAAGAAACAGAUGUCAAUUCUUCGUUACCCAUCGAUCCGAUAUCCUCUACAGUACUUUCAAUUCGUCAGAAAUUAAAAUCUGCAUCAUCUGUAAAAUCGCCGCACUCGUCGCGUAAUGAAAUUAAGAGUACGAAGGUGUUGGGUAAAGCCUAUUAUGACAAUAAAGUUGAGGACAGCAAUGUGCCUAAGCGUCGCAAAAGGAUAUGA